AUGAGUGGUGGCUGCCUGUCGCCAGCGUCCAGAAUCCGGAUUGCAGCAGAUGUCCAUCGGCAUAGUACCAGCGAUGACGACAGUGGAUGCGUCUUGGAAGAAUAUGCCUGGGUACCCAGUGGCAUUAAACCGGACAUGAUCCAUAUGUAUUUCGCCUGUUUACCGGAAGACAAAAUUCCGUUUGUAAAUUCAAUUGGUGAGGAAUGGCGGGCGCGUCAGCUGCAGUAUCAGUUGCCACCACAGGAUUCGGAUGUCAGGUAUUGUGCUAAACUGAGCGCCGAAGAGGAAUUCGAACUGGCACAGUUUGAAGCAUCUCGAAAGCGGGAAUGCCUUGGUCGUGGUACCGUUGAGCAGUUGCCCUACGACAACAAGCGCCGGCACUGCCAUCAGUGCAAAGGGCCUUUGUGCGAGGGAAAUUUGGCAGUGAGCGCUGAGCGACUUGGACGCGAUGUGCACUGGCAUCCUCAGUGUUUUGUAUGCACCGAUUGCUCCAAUCUUCUAGUGGAUUUAAUUUAUUUCAAGCACGGAGCUGAUGUAUUUUGUGGCCGACAUCAUGCAGAACAGAUUAAGCCUCGAUGUGCCAGAUGUGAUGAGGCAAGUUUCUCAUUCCUGUAUCCUGCCUUAGCCAAAGGUAAUGAAGUUUACCUCAAAUCUGGCAUUUUCAUGCGUUUUUGCUGUGCAGCGCUACACUGA